AUGGCAGUGGGGAGAGCCAACGGGAAUGCUCUAGAGUGUCCGCGUUGUGGGAAGAGACACACUGGACCGUGUGGAGUGAUUAAGUGCUACGGAUAUGGAGGAGUGGGUCAUCAAGGCAGGAAUAGCCCAAGCGCUGCAAGGGUUGGCAAGUGUUAUCGCUGCGGCAGAUCAGGUCAUUUCAAGAAAGAUUGCAAGAUUCCACCGCUUGUUCCGCAGGAAGGAGGAGCAGCACCAGGAGCACCACCAGCUAAGAGGCAGGCUGUUGGACCUCGUGUCUUCACCAUUGGAGAUCCUGAGGGAGCCGCACCGAUCGCUGGAUCGGUCUCAGUAGGGAGCGCGAUUGCAUAUACCUUGUUCGACACUGGUGCCACUCAUACCUUCGUGAGCUCGAGGUUGAUCAAGUGUUGGACUUUUUCUGGGAGGUUCAUUCCUAGGUCUAAGGCAGUGGAAACUGCUGGGAAUGAACAAGUAAGGACCAUUGGGGUACAUGAAAGUGUACCAAUUUUGUUGGAAGUGAUUGGUAGAGUAGUUAGAUCAGGUGUUCAUCUCGGUGAUGAUGUGCCGAGUUAUGGACUUGUUUGCUGGGCUAUUGUUGUCUGUGUGACUAAAGUGGUAGUUCAACGGUGGGGGAAGGAUGCUUGUUUGUUGCUUGUUGGAUUUAUUCUUGACAUGUUGGUGGAAAAUAAAUUAGUGGGAAGGGAGCCUGGUUUGGUUCUCACUGAGUAA